AUGUGUCAUGCAACGCGCAGCAGGAUCCACACUCUUACCCCAUCCCUGCACAGCCUGUCUACACCUUCCCCUCCUUCCAUCCCCUCUCCUUUCCCCCGGAUUCUCACACCCUCACCUCCUCCCCCACUUCCCCCAUCUCCCACCCUGCUCGCUGCUGCGCCCAGGCUCAUCUGCACCAAGGUGUCGCCAGUGGAUGUGGCGCGCAAUGCAGUCAAGGGGUGUCGCCAGUGGAUGUGGCGCGCAAUGCAGUGGAGGGAGGAUGCGCGCUCUCAUCCAUUUCCUCCCCGCUCCCCCCCACUGGCCACUUUCAGCCUCAUCUGCACCAAGGUAUCGCCAGUGGAUGUGGCGCGCAAUGCAGUGGAUGAUGCGCGGUCGGCAUGCAUGCGCACGUAUGGCUCGGCGCCUGAGGUGGAAAUUUACGGGGACCCCGACUUCACAUUCGCGAGCGACAUCCCCUCAAUCCCCCCCCUUCCCCCCCUCCAUCCCAUCUCCUCCCGUCUCACCCAUCUGCACCCUUUUGCACCACACUGCACGGCAGUUAUGUGCCAGUUCAUCUGCACCAGAUGGUAUUCGAGCUCUGCUAGAAGUCCCUGCAUGCCGUGCAGGAGCGACAUCCCCUCAAUCCCUCCCAUCCCGUCUUCUCCCUUCUCAACCAUCUGCAACCCAUUGCACCGCAGCUACGUGCCAACGCAUCUGCACCAGAUGGUGUUCGAGCUGUGCAAGAACUCUCUACGCGCCGUGCAGGAGCGAUUCGCUGAUGCUGACACCGACCCGCCGCCCAUCCGUGUGGUGGUGGCGGAUGGGAUCGAGGAUGUGACUAUAAAGUCCACAUCUCGACAUGCCUGCCUGCUGCCUCCCUCUCACCAGCACGCCCUUUUCCCCCUGUGCUGCGCCCCCUCCUCGUUUCCCCGAUGCUGUGCUGCGUCCCUCUACCUGCAGAUAUCAGAUGAAGGAGGGGGCAUCCCGCACAGUGGCCCACCGCACAUCAGGACAUACCUCUACAGCACGGCGCGCUUGCCUGCUGCCACCUCUCACUCACCACCAUGCCAUCUCCCCCCAUGCGAUGUGUGUCCUCCCCACCCCACCCACCCCUUUCAGAUAUCAGACGAGGGGGGUGGUAUCCCGCGCAGUGGUCUACCGCGCAUCUGGACGUAUCUCUACAGCACAGCCCGCUCACCUGCUGCUGCUGGCGCUCUGCAGGACACUCCCUCCAUCAUGUGCGUGCCGGUGGUGGGGUGGUUGGGGGGAGGGAGUGGGGAAAUGUUGAUGUGUGGAGGGCUGUGUACUAUCGCGGUCCCCUCCGCGGAAUCCCCUUCCACGAGCGACGAUCCGCUUGGCGCGGAGCGGCAGUACCGCGGAGUGCGGCAGCGGCGGUGGGGGCGGUGGGUGUCGGAGAUCCGCGAGCCGCGGCGGGGUUUGCGCAUCUGGCUGGGGUCGCACAGCAGCGCGGAGCAGGCGGCGCGAGUGUACGACGUCGCCGUGCGACUGCUGCGAGGCGACGGCGCGAUCCUGAACUUCCCUGACGACCAGCGAGAGGUGCUCCUGCCUCCCGCCAUCGCGGAGACUCUCAUCCACGCCUGCGCGGCCCUCUCCUCCAAGGACUCGCUGCCUGACGCUGACAGCACGGCACCCCUCCGCCCUCUCCUCUCCUCCGCCCACACACGCGUGGCCCCCUCCUCCAGUGACUCGCUGCCACGUGGUGCCACUGCUGAGCCCUGCGCUGCUCUCGCUGCCCCUGGCUCGCUGGCGGAGGAGGGAGUGAGCCUUACUGCUGCUGCUGCUUUAAUGGGCACUGGGACGGGCGACAGUGCGGGUAGUGGUGGUGAGGAUGAGCAGAGAGGGGAGGUGGAGGGGGAAUCGGUAGAGGAGAUGGUGGAGGAACAACAGGAGAAGCUGCAACAGCAGGAGCAGGAGGUGUGGGGGGAUGAGUUGGAAACGCUACUGGCAUGCGAGCAACAGAUUAGGCAGCAGGUGGCACAGGAGCAGGCGGAGGGGGAACAGGUGGAGGAAGAGCAGGCGGGGGAAGAGCAGGCAGAGGGGGAGCAGGCGGAAGGGGAGCAGGCGGAGGGGGAGCAGGCGGAAGGGGAGCAGGCGGAGGGGGAGCAGGGGGAAGGGGAGCAGGCGGAGGGGGAGCAGGCGAAAGAGGAGCAGGUGGUGGAGGAGCAGGCGGAGGGGGAGCAGCAGGGAGGGGAGCAGGAGUGGCAGGUUGAUUGGUUGCUGGCAUGCGAGCAGCUGCCACUGGACGAGUUCACUGUGUGUGAUUCUGAGCCUGAGGGUGCUCUGCUCGCUCGUGCCCCGCUUGCUGCUCAUACACUGUGUGGCGAUUCGGGCACAACUGUGAGUGAGGCGGUGGUUGGGGUUGGGGAGGAGAGCGGACGAGGAGGGGCAGCGAUGGGAGUGAAAGGGCAUCCAAACAGCAGAGGGAACAGCAGCAGCAUCUACAGCGGCGAGAUGACCCCCACACUAACGGUGCAAGCCAUGGCGCAUCUCAUCUCGCCUCUCCCCCUCCUCCACCUCCCCCUCCCCCCUCUUAACUCCCCUUCCCCCCUGCCCUCCCCCGCCCUCGCCCGCUCCCUCCUGCUGCACUUCAGCACUGCCAUCGCCUGCCGCCGUGCCCCCGCCCCUCCCGCCCCGCUCUCCCUCCCCCUCCACGCACUCCUCUCCCCAUCGUGA